AUGGCCACAAAGAACAUGCAACAUGCUGCGCGCCAAUUCAUUGGAGAAAAUCCACUGGUAAAAAGAGGGGUGGUUCCGGCAUGCCUGGCAGAAGUUUUAAUACCACCACCAGCAAAGCCUCUAUCCCAAAAGAAACGUCCUAGCAAGGCAGUCACUAGCGGUAGAGUGUUGUCGGGAGAUGAAAUGCUCCAAAUACUAAAGGAACGUGAAGAAACAGAAAUAAAGAGACAGGAACAAAAGAAACAACGUGAAGAAGAGAGGGAUUUGAAACGUAAACAGAAAUUGGUGGAAGAUGAGUUGAAGGCUGCGAAAAGACAGAAAAGAGAGACAGAAAAAAAUGAAAGAGAACAAGAAAAGUUAAGAGAGAGAGAAAGAAAAGAGAAAUUUGGGAAAUUAGCAGAUAAAAAGUAUACGUGUGGUGUUUGUGGUGAAAGAGGAAGGAUACAUGAUGAACAAUAUGGUGUUGAAUGGUAUGGUUGUGACAAUGAAUUAUGUGUAACAACAGGUUGGUACCACUUUGACUGUUUGUGUGAAAGCGAGAGGAACGUUAUAAGAGAGAGUUUGGAUGAUGAUGACGUACAGUGGUACUGCAAAGCAUGUUUCCCACGUCUUUAUGAGGAAGAAUAAAUGAUAAUUAUAACGUUAAGCAAUCAGAAAUUGGAAGACAAGACAAAUGAGUUUUAAACAAAAUAUCUUGAUUCAUAUAAAAAGGAAAUAUGGUGUCUUUUUUAUAUGUUAUAUGUUGUUAAUUCAUGUUAUCAUAAUUUUUUCAUUAAUAAGAUUUCUAUUUAUGUUUCAGAUAGAACGUAUUUGAAGAUUAUUUUUAUUUCACACUUUUA